AGCGCCUCGUAUGCAGGCGUAAAAUUCCCCCAGUAAAUUGGAUCCGUCCGUGGCGGCUCAACAAGACCUCCCCGCUCCUCCCUGGCGGCGGUCAGCCUCCGGCCACGGUAGAUGGGCACCGCCGCAAAGCCCCCUCCCUUCGUCUGCUUCAAGUGGCCUUGGGGCCCUAGCCUAAAUGCUAGCCCUGGCCCUAGCGCCGGCCCAAGCCCCUGCGGCGACCUCGAGCGCCCCUGGCUCUUCAAGUCCAUCUGCACCAUCGCGCAAGGCCUCGUCAUCACCGGUGACACCCCCUCCGCCUCCACUGUAACCGGAGGUUAUGGGGCAAAGUUGUGGAAGCGUCACGCGGGCACCGCCCCGGUGGAGGCGGACCGCGGGGACGCGGAGCAGCGGGCGCUGGCGGCGACGCUGGUGAGUUCGAGGGCGACCACGGUGCUGGAGUUCUAUUCGCCGCGCUGCCGCCUCUGCUCAUCGUUGCAGGGCCUCGUGCGCGAGCUCGAGGGCGGUGGUAAUGCGUGUGCGAGCUUCGUGCUCGCCGACGCCGAGGACGACCGGUGGCUCCCGGAGCUUCUGCAUUAUGAUGUCAGAUAUGUUCCUUGUUUCGUGCUCCUGGACAAGAAUGGUAGAGCCCUAGCGAAAACCGGAGUCCCAACUAGCAGGCAUCAUGUUAUUGCUGGCCUUCGUCAUCUUCUUAACAUGAAGCAACCAUCUGGGCAGGAAGGAAAGAAGAGUUGAUCAUGAUGUCAUUUUCUUGUGCAUGAUCUCUAAUCAUGGAUCAUAUUUCGUAUCAGAUAUUUUGUUUGUUAACGAAGCAUAGACAAUGUUGGAAAAUAUAUUUUUAGCCAACUCAUAAAUGGUCAGAACAUUAGAAGUUGAUGUGGUGUAAUUAGAAUGUGGGAGGUUGUGGUGCUUGUGUGUACUUUUUCCUGAUGAUGAAUAGCGGUGUAUCUGAAUAUACAUGCGGGAAUAUUCUUCUGAAAUAAUUCAUCAUGAUUUACUGUUCA